CCGGAAGCCGCGAGCGUGGAGAGCAGGUGACUUCGUGGCCUGAUUGACUUCUGAAAAGUCAUGUUGGGUGAGGAAGAAGCCCAGAAGAGGAGGAAGAGGAAAGGAAAGGAGUCAGCAAUGGCUUUUACUCAGGGACACUUGACAUUCAGGGAUGUGGCCGUAGAAUUCUCUCAAGAGGAGUGGACGUGCCUGGACUCUGCUCAGAGGGCUUUAUACAGGGCCGUGAUGUUGGAGAACUACAGGAACCUGGUGUCCCUGGCAGGAAUCUCACUUCCUGGCCUGAGUGUUGUCUGUAUGUUGUUAGAAGGGAAAGAUCCCUGGACCGUGGACAGUGAAGUGAAAACAGCAAAAAACCCAAAUGGUGGGGAAUGGACCAAACGUUUGCACUCAGGGAGGAGCUGUGUCUUGGGAAAUGAUGCAGGAAAUCAGCCUAUUAAAACUGAACUUGGAUUAAGCUUUCAGUUCCAUCUGCCUGAAAUGCAGCUAUUGCAACCUGAAGGGAAAAUUUAUGAAUGUAAUCAAGUUGAAAAGACUAUCGACCCUAUUACCUCACUUUCACCACUUGAAAACCUUACUUCUAAACUGAAAACUCACAUAUUUAAUAAAUACAAGAAUGAUUUUGUCAGUUCUCCGCUAUUCACAGAAGAACUGAAAGCACACAUUAAGGAAGAACCUUACAGACCUAAUGAGCACAGCAAAGCCUUUAGUGUGUCUUCGAGCCUUCCUAACCAUGGGGUAAUCCGUGCUGGAAAGAAACCUUUCAAAUGUAAAGAGUGUGGCAAGGCCUUCAGGCAAAAUUCAGACUUGCUAAGACAUCAGAGAAUCCAUAUUGGAGAGAAACCUUACAGAUGUAAUGAGUGUGGCAAAGACUUCAGUCAAAACUCACACCUAUCUCGACAUCAGACAAUUCAUACUGGGGAGAAACCUUACAAAUGUGAUGACUGUGGCAGAGCAUUCAGUGUGCGUUCAACACUUACAACCCAUGUGCGAAUCCAUCAUACAGAUAAUCCUUUUGAAUGUGAUGAAUGUGGCAAGGUCCUUAGUUGUAAUUCAUCCCUUGCACGACAUCGGAGAAUUCAUACUCCAGAGAAACCUUACAAAUGUGAUCAAUGUGGCAAGGUCUUUAGUUGUAAUUCAUACCUUAGACGACAUCAGAGUAUUCAUACUGGAAAGAAACCUUACAAAUGUAGUGAAUGUGGCAAAGCCUUUAUUUCCAAAUCACACCUUGUACGGCAUGUGAGUGUUCAUACUGGAGAGAAACCUUACAAAUGCAAUGAGUGUGGCAAGGUCUUCCGUCAAAAAUCGCACCUUAAAAACCAUCACACAGUCCAUCUGGGAGAGAAACCUUAUAAAUGUUAUGAAUGUGGCAAAAAAUUUAGUUUGUGUUCGAGGCUUCAUAUACAUCAGUUUAUCCAUAAUGCAGAUAAAGCUUACAAAUGUGAUGAAUGUGGCAAGGUCUUUAGUUGCAAUUCAUACCUUAAGCAACAUCAGCGCAUUCAUACUGGAGAGAAACCUUACAAAUGCAAUGAGUGCGGCAAGGUUUUCCGCCACAAAUCGAACCUUAAAAAUCAUCACACAAUCCAUUUGAGAGAGAAACCUUACAAAUGUUUUAAGUGUGGCAAAAAAUUUAGUUUGCGUUCGAGGCUUCAUAUACAUCAGGUUAUCCAUAAUGCAGAUAAACCUUACAGAUGUGAGUAUUGUAGCAAGGUUUUCAGGCACAAAUUAUCCCUAACAGUUCAUCUUAGAAUUCAUACUGGAGAGACACCUUAUAAGUGUAAUGAAUGUGGCAAGGCCUUCAGACACAAGAUAUCUCUUACAGUUCAUCAGAAAACACAUACUGGAUGGAUACCUUACAAAUGUAAUGAAUGUGGCAAGGUCUUCGAUUACAAUUCAACGCUUGUACAUCAUCAGUGUAUUCAUACUGGAGAGAGGCCUUACAAAUGCAAUGAGUAUGGCAGAUUAUUCUGUCAGAAAUCAAACCUUAAAAAUCAUCAUGUUGUCCAUUCAGGAGAGAAACCAUACAAAUGUGAUGAGUGUGGCAGGGUCUUCCGUCACAAAUCUAACCUUAAAAAUCAUCACAGAAUCCAUACAGGAGAGAAACCUUACCAAUGUGAUGAAUGUGACAAGGCCUUCAGACAAAAGAUAUCCCUUACACGUCAUCAGCGAACUCAUACUGGAGAGAAACCUUACAAAUGUAAUGAAUGUGGCAAGGCCUUCAGUGAAAAAUCAAACCUCAGAUCUCAUCGCAGAAUCCAUACUGGAGAGAAACCUCACAAAUGUAAUGAAUGUGGCAAGGCCUUCAGUGAAAAAUCAACCCUUAAGACUCAUCACAGAAUCCACACUGGAGAAAAACCUUACAAAUGUAAUGAGUGUGGCAAGGUGUUCCGUGAAAAAUCAAAGCUUAAUAUUCAUCACAGAAUCCAUACUAGAGAGAAACCUUACAAAUGCAUUAUAUGUGGAAAGGUUUUUAGUCAUAUUUCAAGCCUUGCUCAGCAUCAGAAAAGUCACUUGUGAGAGACUCUGCAGACUCCUUCAGGGUGCAAACUCUUCACCAUGAGUUCUGUCAUUAACCUUAGAGAGUCCAUACUAAACAGAAAUCAAAUAAGUGCAGUGUAGGUGGCAGGGUCUUCAUCCAGGCCUCACUACGCAUGAAAGGUACAUCUUCAAUGAAACCACACAAAUGAAAUGUUAUGGUGAGGUUAGUACCCAGGGAACAUUACUGUGAAACAUCUGAGGAUUUAUAGAAGAAAUAAGUCAGUCAUUAGUUCUCUGGUAUUAAUGUCUGAUAUUAUGUGGUGGUAUAAAUCAAAAUACGUUGACCCUCAUGACAUGAUAUAUAUCAAAGAUGCAUAUGGACAUUGUCAGUUACAUUUAGGUUAUGCAAUAUUUAAUUAUUUUAUGUUCUUUCAGAAGCCUACUUUACGGUAUGACUUUCAUCCUGAACUUUGAAAUCUCUUCGUAUGCCUUCCUUACCAACAUUUUACUGUGGUGUCUAGGAGAGAAUGAAUAGAAUGACAGGUCUUAGUUGAUUACUGAGAAUCAUUUCUUUCCCAUUUCCUGGAAGAGAAAGGUCACUCCCUUUUGAGAUUAAUUUUUUAUUUUUAUGAAGACAGGGUUUUGCUCUGUUACCCUGGGUGAAGUGCAGUGGUGUGAUCACAGCCCACUGUACCCUCUAAUUCACGGGCUCAAGCUGUCGUCCCCACUCUACCUCCCACAUAGCUGGGACCACAAGUAUACCACACCAGGUCCAGCCGAUUUUUAUUAAUUUGUUUUUGAGAGAAAAAGUGCCACUAUAUUCCCCAGGCUGGUUUCAAACUUUGAAUUGUAGCCAUUCGCCCAACUUGCCCUCCUAGCAUGCUGGAAUUACAGAUGUGAGUCACCGUGCCUUAUCCUUUCAGAUUAAAUAUUGUCUGAUUUAGAGAGGAUGGCGGUGGGCAGAGAAUGAUGUAAAACUAUUGUGCCAGUCUUCAUGCCUAAUGCAUUCAGCACACACUUCUCCUGAAAGAGGACACAGUGGGUUAUAGUAACGAAAUGUUCUACCACUCACAGAAGAAGAAUAGACCACAACCUUUAAAGACCCUGAGAAUUUUAUGGGAAGAGAGUAAUAGGUUCUUUAGGACUAAUUAUGUUCUAGGAACAAUGCAGGGAUAAUGGUUAUCACUUCUAUUGAAUGGCAAUAGCUGUCAUUUAGCAAAGAUUGAUGAAAAAGUAGUGCUUUUUUGAAGCUUAAGAGAAAAAAGUUAUAUCAAAGUAGACAGUUUAGUGAAAACUACCAGUAGAGCAAGUUCUUGAUGAGGAUUCACAUCUACUUCUUGGCAUUGCAAUCUGCAAGUAUUUUAUUCAGAAUAUAUCAUAAUCCUCAAUUUUAACUAAGAAAAUUUAGUAUUUUUUCAUAGCUAUAAAUGAAUCGCAGUGUUUCUAGCAACAUUGUUUUAUUCCACCUCAGGAGGAAUAAAACCUUAUAGCAGACAAUAAUAAUUAAUGUACCAUUAGGCCUUUAUGGUUGAAGCAUCUAGAACAAUUUUUUUGUUGUUGAUAUGAAAGAACAUACCCUUUUGGGUACAUAUACUUAGGUAAGUAUGAUUUGGGGUAAUAAUUCUUAGUACUUAAGUUAUUCUCGCUACACUCUGCCCCACGAUACUCAUUGGAGUCCUGUGAAAAUUGCAUAGCAGUGUAGCUUCAGACUCUUACACCCUCAAACAUCAUUGUUGAUGAACAUGCACUGUGUUAUUAUAUUUCUACAUGCUUUUCUCAUGUGCCAAGUAGGACCCCUGGCAUCCACCUUCAUUUUCCUUAAGCAGACAUGUGCAUAUAGCAAUUUGGAAGUUAUGAAAUAAAAGAAUAUGUGGGCAAUAAAGAUAAAAAUAACAGCAUGUCUUUUUUGUCCUUGCAGUACUCGGUGAUGUAAUUUUUACAUAAUAUCAUUCAUGCAUUUCCUUUUACGAAUAAGCACAGAAAGUGGGAACUUUGUUUUGCUGGAUAAACUAGGAACUACCUAUAUGCACCCUGGUAACCCUUUUCCGAAGGUGAGCUUUUCAACACUCUCCAGAAACUUGAUUGAUGUGCACUUAACGUUUGGUUUGGAUAUUGAGAUUGAUGCAGUACACAGAAGAGGUAUGAGAAUUUUUAGUGCACAGUGAGGCUUUCUGAGGAAAGCAGAAUAGUCUUCCACAGCGGGUCCAAAACUGGCUUCAGAGGAACUGGGAUAUGUGACUGGCUUGGGGUGUUAGGAUUGUUAAAGGGUGGGUGGAGGUCAAGUACCCACAUGUGGUUUGAUUUCCAGCUGCUGCCAAAGGAGGGAGGAGCACUCAGGCAUUGUUGGCUUAACUAGGUGGGCAGAAUAGGAAGAGGGAAUGCAGAGGUGUAAAAGGUAUUAGUAUUCAGUAUCACACAAUGUAGUCUGACUCUUUAAGGUAACACUGAGUGUUCUUGAAAUCCCCCAAUUUGUUGAGGAAAGACCCCAAUUUUUUUUAUGUUAAUAGCUUACUAUAUUCCUUUUUUGGCUGCACGUGUAAGUCCCAUCACACAGUAUGACUGUUUAAAAUGUUUGUUAAAUACUAUUUAGUUAAAUUGCCUAAAAUAUAUCUUACAGUAGAUUGAAAUUUAUUGUGUGGAAGUGUUUAUUCUGACAGAAUUUUAUUAAAAGAGGAUUUUCAUAAAACUAUGUAAAUCUCAUUUUCAGAUUAUGGUAUUAAGCAGUAUAUACCAUGGUUCAUUUUCAAGUCUAAUAAAAUUUUCUGGUUUUA